GCUGAAAAGAUGGGCCUCAAACCUUCCAGAGCCACCCGGCCUACUUCCUCCUCCACGGUAGCAAUCGUCGUCAUCGCCAUAUAGGUUUCUCUCAAGCUCUGCACCCCGCCGCCUCCGGAAGCUUCUAGAACCCUCUCCCCUCUUCCCCGCCUCCGGCCCCCAUGGCUGACGCCGCCGACGCCCUCUCAGCUCGGAGCAAGGUGCAGGCUUUCCUGGAGGCCGCGUGCUCCGGCGACCUCGAGGCCCUCCGGAAGUUUGGGUCCGCGCUCGACGAGGAGGGGAAGGGCGCGGCCGCGGUGGCCGCCGGCGUGCGGGACGCCAACAGGCGCACCGCGCUGCACUUCGCCGCGCGGGAGGGCCAGACCGAGGUCUGCAGGUUCCUCGUCGAGCAGCUCCGCCUCCCCGUCGACCCCAAGGACGAUGAUGGUGAAACCCCACUCAUCCAUGCCGCCCGGCAGGGCCGCCUGGAGACGGUGGAGUACCUGCUCGGCCGCGGGGCCGAUCCUUCCGUCGCGUCUAACAUGGGAGCCACCGCACUGCAUCAUGCGGCAGGGAUAGGACACAUAGAGAUUAUGAAGAUUUUGCUUGGUAAGGGAGUCGAUGUCGAAUCCGAAAGCGAGUCCGGUACUCCCCUUGUUUGGGCUGCUGGUCAUGGACAGAUAGACGCAGUCAAGCUUCUGCUUGAACACAACGCUAAGCCGGACACUGAAACUGCUGAUGGUAUCACUUCGCUGUUGUCUGCUGUUGCUGCUGGUUCUCUCCCAUGCUUGGAGGUUCUAAUCCAGGCAGGUGCAAACCCAAAUGUCACUGCUGGUGGAGCAACCCCAUUGCAUAUUGCUGCAGAUAGUGGAAAUCUUGAAAUGAUCAAAUGUUUGCUUCAAGCUGGAGGUGACCCAAAUACCUCUGACGAUGAUGGAUUUAAGCCAAUAGAGGUUGCUGCUCUAAGGGAUAACCUUGAAGUCGUUGAACAUCUUUUACCAUCGACAUCUCCAAUCCCAGGUGUCUCGAAUUGGACUGUUGAUGGAAUAGUAAAAUACGCAUCAUCUAAAAUGGAAGAGGAAAAGGCGCAAGAAAAUGAGUCAGCCAGUUUACAGAGACGACAACCCGUUGAGGUGUCACCUGAGGCGAAAAAGAGAUCAUUGGAAGCCAAAUCGAGAGGUGAUGAUGCAUUCAGAAGAAAAGACUUCCUAGUAGCAGUGGAUGCAUAUACACAGGCCAUUGAAUUCGACCCGAAUGACCCCGCAUUGCUUUCGAACAGAAGCCUUUGUUGGCUGCGGGCAGGGCAAGGUGAGCGUGCCCUGGAGGACGCGAGAGCAUGCCGAGCACUGAAGCCAGACUGGGCGAAAGCUUGCUUCAGGGAAGGCGCAGCGCUGCGCUUGCUGCAGAGGUUUGAAGAAGCCGCAAAUGCGUUCUACGAGGGGGUGCAGCUUGAGCCGGAGAACAAAGAGCUCGUGAAGGCAUUCAGGGAGGCUGUUGAGGACGGGAGGAAGUUCCACUCGGCAAACAAGCCAACAACAAACGGAACAAAGUCAGAAUGAGGAUGGCGGCGAUGAACUGAACAAAGCCGUGCUAGUAUCAAAAGCUUGUAUGAGUAUCUCCGUGGAAUCGCAUCGGAGAUCCGUUUUACUUCGUCAAGUGGUAGGGAGAAUUCGAUUCGAAACCUUGUUGGGUUGUGUGACUCAGUUAGCAUUCUAUGGUACGAGUACUGUCUUAGUUAGUGUAGGACAUACAAAUGGCCUGUGAACUUGUGGUGGAUUAUCCUUUGACAUUGCCAGCAUACAUUCUCUUUAAUUGUUUCUUUGCUGCUUCUUCCAACUUUCAUCUACUCAACACUGGAAACAAAUUGUAGAAUUUGUUACUCCAUCCAUUCUGAAAUUUUGGUGAUGUUCUCUGA